CGCCAGUUACUUUUCGCGAUCCACCGUGGCCGCUCUUCCGCGGCGCAGGUAGACAGACGGACGACAGUCGGUUAGUCAGUCGGUGAGACAGGGGAGGAAGGGUGUAAGAGGAUCGGGGGAGAGAAUAGAAAAGCGAGGGAAAGAAAACGCGGCUGAGAGAGCGAAAAGGGGUGAAAACGGUGACAUACAAAAUAAAAAGAAAAAAAAGAAGUAAAAAAAAAUAUAAAAAAAGAAGGGCGGAAAGCACGAAAAGUGCAGAGGAAGAGAGAGAGAGAGAGAAAGGGGAGUUUGAGAGAAAGAGGGAGAUCAUAGGUGCUAGCCCCCGUACCGGAGUCCGCAUUCGCCGCACAAAAGCACAACUUGCGCACUGUUGCGCCGCGUUACCAAGCUACUGCGCGAGCAACCGAACUGUGCCGCUCAGCCACCCCUGCCGAGCAGUCGAGUGCUUUCGUGCGGAGUGUUUACGUCGUCGCGCGGGUAAACACGCACGUUGUCGCGACUCGUAGCUCUAUCCCACGUACCACCUACCCCUUUCGAUCAGCUGGAACGCUGGACGCUUGUUCGAUCCCUCGCGUCGUUCGAGUGAUGUUUCUGCGUUCUGUCAACGUGAAAGAACAAUUUCACGAAACGUGCGAUCGUCGACCGCGCGAUCGAAUACGCGUCUAAAAAGCUUACGCGCUUCCGAGAUGGUAGAAUAUUCCAUUUAAAACUAUUUAACACCUCGACACGCGUGUAUCGCUCGUUCGCGAAUUAUUACAGAGACAUUAGACUGACGCUGUCGCGUUUCGACUCGUGUGACACUUUGCGGAUCGUUGUGUUAUGCAUUUACGUAAAUUCGUUUCGAUAGUUCGCAAAUCUCGUGUUUUCGUCUUUAUCGCGUCGUAGUAAUUACGUAGUAAUUACUGGUGUGCGCGCUCGCGAGAAAUUGAGAGAUUAGAAUCGUCGGAAAUUCGCUAAAACGACGGGGGUAGAGAAGCGUCGGGCAUCGUGACAGUGCAGCCAGUGAGCGACGAAGGCUGCACCGAUACGUGACUGACUUAACCCCGAGCUCGUUCCGUAUAUGUAUGCACGUCGUUGCUCCGACCGGAACUCUCACGUCGCCGCGAAUUGAACCGCGCGAGUAGAGAGGCGGAAAGAGAGAAAGAAAGAGAGAUAGACGUUGAUCUCAUCAUCACCGUGAGUGUCACUACGUCAUCGUCUUCAGGCAGGGUGUACAUGUGCGGACGUACGUAGUAGUCGUUUGUGCCUGGCGUACACUCGCACGACAAAGUGACUACCCCGAAGUGCAGCGGUGAUAAGAAGAUACAGCCACGCGACGUGAUCGUUAGCAUAAAUGACAAGCGCAGCCAAGGCAUCGAACUGAGGACGAUUUCUGAUCUAUCCAACGGAAACCACAACAGCUCUGCCGAGUACGCGGAAGCUAAUAAGCAGAUUUUGACCACCAGUCUGACGCAUCACUAUGCUGUAGUGAUGGACAGCGAGGGUACGUUAGGCCGCGGUCAUGCAAAUGGGGGCCGUGGACUGCGCCGUCAACGGUCCCUGGAAUGGAGAGAACGGCGCGGUUAUGGAGCCAGUGCUCAAUCCAGUAGCGAUGAUGAAGAUAACGCACGUCACGCAGUGGGGUCCGUGUCGAGUUCGUCUGUUGCAAGAGGCGCACGCAGCCCCGGUCAAGUCUUUGCCUCCAUUUUGGCGCAAUCGUACGGCAAUGCGGGAGACAGAUCGUACCGUACGGCAUCCGACACGGAAGGCGCAGCAACCACGGACAAUCCAACAACGCCAUUCCCUACGCCGCCCCCAACCUUGACACCGAAUCAUCGGCAAGCUUCUCCGUUUCCCCUCGAAAGCACAAACUCUCGCCGGCAUCAUUAUAACGGCAGCAUAUCCUCCGAGAGAUCUCGCAACGGCAAUGAUACCGUUUACGCGGCGCCCGCAAAAAAGACGACUUCCGGCGGCGGUACCCUAGGUCGAAGAACACGUCGAGGUCACGCAAGCGCUUUGAGCAGUAGUUCUACCGCGAGUGACCGUUCUGAAACUGUCUUCCCCGAUGAACACACUCGCAUACAUCUCACCAACGGUCUGCCCAGGCCUAUUUACUUUACAGAUACUGGUAGGGAUUCCCCUCCGGAACCUGCGCCGCCGGAAGUGCCGCCGCGCGGACCGUCUUUACACGCAACACAUACUUUACGCACGCAACAAAAUCGAAAUGGUUGCCCACCGAACGCAUCAGGAAAUUUCACUGUGCCAAGUGAUCAAAUGCCGACCGAGACGUAUUCCGAGUACUUGAUGUCAGGAAGUCCACGGAGUUAUCCAGCGCGAUCCCCAGGGGUAGCUUCCACGCCAACCGUGACCAGGCUUCCUCCACCGCAACAGCAAGUGACAGUGGGUUCUCUCGGCGGCGGUUUAGGUGGUGCCGGAAAUGGCGGUACCGCCACGGUAGGCGCGCAAGGCCAAGCUAUGGUGAUGCCGGGUUUUCCGCCGCUUCGCGCCGCAGCGGUGCCGCACUACUCUCCUUAUUCGCCGUCGCGCUUUCACAUCGAUAAACGUUGUCAGCAUAGAUGCUCCUGGAAAUGCUUCUCGAUCGUCCUAAUCCUCUUGGCCGUGGCGCUUACGGCGAUGCUCGCAUACUUCGCUGCAGUGAGUUCUAUGCGCCCGAUAGACAGUACUAACUGCAUUCUGGUUCAAGAUAGCAAGGCUGUCACUCACGAAAACGCACACAUUCACGAUUCGAUAUCCACGCAGAUACCCACAGAAGAAUCCCUACCGACGAGCACAGCGGAGCAUUCCAGCGCUGCAGACAGCGCCGGCGAUCAGCAGAGCGAUCCGCAGAUCCAGCAAUCCGCGCAACAAUGGCCGGCGGUACUGGAGCUGCAGGCCUACAACGUCGCCCAUUCCGCCAUCAUUCCUCCGUACCACUUCUGGAACACCGAGUUCCGUAACAAACAACCGGCGUUCAUCAGGCUGAAUCUGACCUUGCCGUGGGGCGCAAAUUUCGCUGUGUACGGCAGGCGGAACGUCGCGCCCAGCGUCACGCAAUACGACUUCGUAGAGUUCGUGAAGGGUGGCAGGGUGGUUCAGAGACUAAAGAGGGACGUGACUGCCGAGGCCGUCAGUUUUAUGCAGUCUGGUAGCUCGCAGGAUAUACACGCGGAGCAUGCGGCGCAACCGGCCACAUCUUAUCAACAUGUGCUCAUCAAGAGAACUAUUGUGGAGCCGCUAAUGGUCAACGUCAGUCUGUUGCAAUAUUUCGACACCGGCGACUGGUUCCUAUCUGUCUACAACGACGAACUGCAGCCUUACAAGGUCACUUUAGUCGUAACGGAAGCGGAGGGGGUCUCUACUACCUGUCCCAAUGACUGUUCCGGACGUGGAUCGUGUUACCUUGGCAAGUGCGACUGUAUAGACGGAUAUCAGGGUGCUGAUUGCAGCAAAAGCGUAUGUCCGGUUUUAUGUUCCUCCCAUGGACAAUACGGCGGUGGCAUGUGCCACUGUGAAGAGGGUUGGAAAGGCGCCGAAUGCGAUAUACCGUUAGGUGACUGCCAAGUUCCUGAUUGCAAUCAACAUGGUCAAUGCGUCAGAGGAUCCUGCGUCUGUAACCCUGGUUGGAAGGGCGCCUUUUGCGACGAACCCGACUGCGCUGAUCCGAACUGCAACGGUCACGGCGCCUGUGUUUCCGGCAAGUGUUACUGCAAGGCCGGCUGGCAAGGAGAACGGUGCAAUCAGGUCGAUCAGCAGGUAUACCAGUGUCUGCCCGGCUGCUCCGAUCACGGCACGUACGACCUCGAAUCUGCGGCCUGUGUUUGCGAAGAGCACUGGACCGGGGUCGAUUGCUCACAGCCGAGCUGCGGUUUGGACUGCGGACCUCACGGAUCCUGCGAGCAGGGUCGUUGCAAAUGUCACGACGAUUGGACCGGAACGAAAUGCGAUCAAAAACCGUGCGAUGCACGUUGCGCCGAACAUGGCCAGUGCAAGAAUGGAACUUGCGUAUGCAGUCAAGGAUGGAACGGAAGACAUUGCACAUUACCCGGAUGCGAAAAUGGAUGCAGUCGCCACGGACUGUGCACCCUACAGGACGGCGAAUAUAGUUGCGAAUGCUCGACCGGAUGGGCCGGUAGAGAUUGCAGCAUACGACUCGAAUUGGAAUGUAAUGAUUACAAUGACAAUGAUCAAGAUGGCAUGGUGGACUGCUCUGACAGCGAGUGCUGCACGCACGAAACUUGUACAGAACAUAUCAUGUGUCUUGCUAGUAAUAAUCCUGUGGACGUUCUUCUUCGAAAACAACCACCCAGUGUCACAGCGUCCUUCUAUCAACGAGUUAAGUUCCUCGUCGAGGAGAACAGCGUGCAGAGCUACGCCCACAUGGACGAGUACACGGAAAGUACGUUCUGGAGUUCCUUUACACCGCGUCGAGUUGCGGUGAUGCGAGGCCAAGUUGUUACCGAACAAGGACUCGGAAUAGUAGGCAUCAGAGUAUCCGUGGACAGGGAUUCGCGCUUUGGAUUUACCUUGACCAGAGCUGAUGGAUGGUUCGAUGUCCUGGUCAAUGGUGGAGGUGCCGUGACGCUUCAAUUCCAACGCAGCCCCUUCAAGCCUCUCACGAGGACCGUCUUCGUACCCUGGAAUCAGAUCGUCGUCCUGCCGCCCGUUGUGAUGAUCCUCAGCAAGGAAGGCGAGUCGUUUAAAUCCAACCAGCCGCCGAGCCCGGCAGUGGGCUUCCCAGGGAUUUCGAUGGGACUCUUUAGUGAGCAUGGCCCGUGCUUGGAACACGAUCACGAGACCUUACGACCUAUUAUCGUUAGCACUUGGAUGCCUGAGAAAGUUGGCGGUUUGCCUGGAAAGAGCUUGGUCUUUGCUGAAAAUCAGAUCGUGCAAGAAAGCAUCGCUAUUCCGGGCUCCAAUCUCCACUUGAUGUAUCAAAGCAGCCAGGCUGCGGGCUAUCUCUCUACUGUGAGAAUGCAACUGACUGGGCCGUUCAUUCCGAAAUCGCUGACGCACGUACAUGUGCACGUGGAGAUCGAGGGUUCGCUUCAUACGAAAACGUACGAGGCCGAUCCGAACUUAACGCACACGUUCGCUUGGAACAAGAGGAACGUUUACAAGCAGAAAGUAUACGGCGUGGCGCAGGCGAGAAUUUCGAUCGGUUAUCAGCAUUCCACUUGUCCGUUGGUGAUAUGGGAAACGCAGACGGCCACUCUGCAAGGAUUCGAUGUCGAUAUCUCCGAUAUCGGUGGCUGGGGACUCGACAUCCAUCACCAUUACAAUUUUCACGAAGGGAUCCUGCAGAAAGGAGAUGGCUCUACUCUCCAUUUCAAGCAGUAUCCUCGCACUGUGAAAGUGGUGAUGGGCACGGGCCUCCAGAGAACCUUGGUAUGCCAUAAUUGCGAUGGUCUUGCCAAGGAUGCCAGACUCCUGACGCCGGUUGCGCUUGCCAGUGGUCCCGAUGGCAGCAUAUAUGUAGGAGACUUCAAUCUCGUGCGUAGAAUCACGCCCGAAGGAAAAGUUUACACUGUCCUGAUUUUAAGCGCAACCCAAGUAGCAUAUCAGUAUUAUCUGUGCAUCUCGCCGGCUGACGGACACUUGUACAUCAGCGAUCCGGAGAAGCAUCAAAUAUUGAAAGCUCUCUCGCUCGAACAAGUCCAAGAUCCCAGUAUCAAUAUCGAACCCGUCGUUGGAAAUGGCGAAAGAUGCAUUCCAGGUGAUGAAGGACAUUGCGGCGAUGAAGGCCCGGCCAUUCAUGCGAAAUUGGCUCAUCCUAAAGGAAUCGCAAUUGCGGCCGACAAAACGAUGUACAUUGCCGAUGGAACGAACAUUCGUGCGGUUGAUCCACGCGGUAUUAUACAUACACUUGUGGGACAUCAUGGUCAUCAUAAUCAUUGGUCACCGGCACCUUGCAUCGGAGCCAUCCCCGCACAUCAGGCUCAAUUACAAUGGCCAACUGGACUGACUCUGAGCCCGCUGGACGGAUCUUUGCAUUUUAUCGACGACAGAUUAGUCUUAAAACUCACCAGCGAUCUGAAAGUGCGCGUGGUUGCUGGUACACCUCUUCACUGUACUAGCAAUGCAAAUAGCAACAGCAACAGUAACGGAGAACUGCCGAAAUUGAAUGUAUCGAUGACGAUGAAUCCGAAAAAAUCGGACGAAGUGCUUGGCUCGGUAUUGGCCGUAGGUUUUAGUCCAACUGGCGAACUAUAUAUAGCGGAUCGCGAUUCUCACCGAGUAAACUCCAUCAGAAUCGUUGACUCUUCCGGGAAGAUGUCUCACUUUGCAGGUCAACAGCAAGAGAGGUUACGUGGCCAAUGCGAGUGCAACAAUACCACACCUAGCACUAAAGAUCUGGAUGCAUGCACUUGCACGGAUGACACUAGCAGCACAGAGACACUUCUAUCAUCGAAUGCCAAGUUUAUUGCGAUAUCUGCACUGGCUGUUUCGCCAGAUGGCAUCCUACACGUGGCCGAUCAGGGUAGUCUUCAUAUCUUGGCUCUUCAACCGUACCUUCCGAAUCAUGACGAGAGCGGAGAAUUCCAUAUUCCAUUCCCACCUUCGAACGAAAUCUACGUAUUCAAUCGUUAUGGCCAACACAUCUCUACGAAAGACUUAACGUCUGGAAAGACCCGUUAUUCUUUCUUAUACAGCAAGAACACGAGCUUUGGCAAAUUAUCCACGGUGACAGAUAGUGCAGGAAAUAAGAUUCAAUUUCUACGAGAUUACAGCAGCGUCGUUAGCUCUAUCGAAAACACUCAGGAUCAUAAGUCCGAGUUGAAAAUUUCCGCGGUUGGUUUCUUGGAAAAAUUAUCAGAACGCGGUAGAGCGGAAAUUGCUUUGGGCUAUGAUGGCUCGACUGGUUUGCUUACUAGUCGAUCAGGAGGUGAUGAAACGUACAUAUAUAAUUAUGAUAAUUUGGGACGUGUCACCGAUGUGAUACUGCCAACAGGCGAAAAGCUAAAAUUAUCAUCAGAUUUAUCUGAUGAUGAAGGUUUAACGGUUAAAGUGUCUGCACCAUUACAAGCCUUAUCAAAAGGCGACAAACAGCGACUCAUAGAAUUUAAGAUGAAGAACGAGAAAUCGAAGAUGUUGACAAUCACUGACGGCACCAAGCUUAUGAAAGCAAUCGCAUUUACAAACAGUAGUCUGGAAGUAUUUUUACCUGGUGGCGGUAGAAUAUUGAGCGCAGCUACGACGAAACAUCCGCUAUUAGAGGCAGCUUUGCCGGUGGAAGCGGAGAUGUUACCUAUGUGGAGCUAUCAAUUAAUGUCGCUGGGCGAAUUAACGAAUACCAUGACGACAACUUAUAACCUGGUCGGCGAUGUUAGCCAUCCCCAGCAGACACUCAACAGAGAGAUCUGGGUGAACGACACGCGAAUGGUAGGCGUCGAAUUCGAGCAAGCAUUUAGUCGCGAAACAUUCUAUGACAAGGCGGGCACUGCGCUGUUGACGGUGACCUUUGAUCUGGCUGGUCUACCCUUAGUCUGGCAACCGCAUGAGCAGGGUCAUAAUCUCAGCAUCACCUACGAUCGAUUCAAUAGAAUUGACAGCUGGAAAUGGGGUGCCUCCGACGAGUCGUAUGGUUACGACCGACAUGGUCAGUUGGCAGAAAUCACCAACAGCAAAGACGGCACGAAACGAUACACUUACAAUGAUUUUAAUAUGCUGUCGAAAAUCACGCUCGCCAGCAACAGACAGUUCUCCCUGCAGUACGACGACGACGGUGGACUACGACACAUUAUUCUACCCUCGGAAACCAAACAUUCCUUCUCCUGUCAGGCUUCGCUCGGUUUUCUCAGAGUGACGUACACUCCACCUGGCAGCACCAGAGCCUAUUUGCAACAUUAUAGUCAUGAUGGAAACUUGCUGCAAACCGUGUUUCCAGGAGAUGGAGCUCGUACUGUUUAUAGAUAUCACACUUCGGGUCAACUAGCUGAAGUCGUUCAUGGUGAUGGCAAGAGUGAAAUCAGAUACACCGAGAGCGGACUACCUUCUGAAGUGAUACACUCCGAGCGAGACGUGGAAUAUAAGUGGGAUUAUCAAUAUAGCGCAGGACUCCUAGUAGAAGAGCGUAUAGAUUUCGGCGCCAAGACCGGUCUGAGCAAUGCCAAAUUUACAUUUGAAUAUGAUUCGAAUUUCCGUCUGAUAGCGGUACAAGGUAGAAUAGGUGGACAGACACUGCCGCCACACACCAUGGCUUAUAAUCCGAGAUCGGGAAUGCUGGAGCAGAUCGGCCAGUUUAAAGUGACGAGACCGCAACCCAAUGAGACGACUGUGCUCGACGGCACAGCGCUAUUCUCACGUACUACAGAUGACAGAUUCUUAGAAACUCAGGUCACAGUUACGAUUCAUCGAAUGGAAGUAUUCAGGAUGGAAUUUACGCACGACUCACGCGGCCGCAUCAACCAGACGAGAACAUAUACGCGCAAUGUCGCUGUCAACACGUAUACCAAUGUGAAGAACUACACGUGGGACUGCGACGGUCAACUGACUGGCGUAGAGGCGCAGGAACCCUGGGGUUUUAAGUACGACGCGAACGGCAACAUGUUAUCACUUACGUAUCGAGGUAACACAAUCCCGAUGGAAUACAAUAAUAUGGACCGAAUUGUCAAGUUCGGCGAGGGCCUCUAUAAGUACGAUAACCGAGGUCUGGUAGUGCAAAAUGCGAGGGAGGAAAGAUUCAAUUAUAAUGCCAAGGGACUUCUCGUGCGCGCUACAAAACGCGGCCGCUUCGACGUACGAUAUUAUUACGACCAUUUAGAUCGACUAGCCACCAGAAAAGACAACUACGGCAAUGUUACGCAAUUCUUUUACAACAAUCAGAAACGUCCACACGAAGUGAGUCAAAUAUACAGUCCACGUGAUGGUAAAUUAAUGUCGCUGGUCUACGAUGACAGAGGACAUCUUAUAUACGCACAAGUAUAUCGACACAAAUAUUAUAUCGCCACCGAUCAGUGCGGUACGCCCAUUAUGAUCUUCAAUCAGUAUGGAGAAGGUAUAAGAGAAAUUAUGCGCUCGCCCUAUGGUCACAUCGUUUAUGAUUCGAAUCCCUAUCUCUAUUUACCGGUUGAUUUCUGUGGCGGACUUUUGGAUCAGGUCACGUCUCUGGUUCAUAUGCCAAACGGGAAGGUUUACGAUCCACUGAUAGGUCAGUGGAUGUCACCGCUCUGGGAGAACGUUUUGGAUCGCAUUAACAAGCCGACACAUCUACAUCUUUACAGAUUUAAUGGAAAUGAUCCUAUCGAUGUCAGACAUACCGAUAGACCGAGUCAACCUACUGAUCACAUAUCAUGGCUGUCGCAUCUCGGGUAUGAUCUGAAGAGUUUGGCACCUCAAUUAUUCCCGGAUGAGUUGCCAGAUAGUCUUGUACCACAAGCUCUUGGUCCGGGGACCUCCAUAUUCGGUAAGAAGAAAAGAACGCGCAAUCUAGGUGUCCAAUCCGGUUUUCUCGCAUACAUCUCCCAGAGACACUCGGGCGACGCUGUAAGCCUAUCGGCACCGCCGCGAUCGGCCCUGAAGAAGGACACCAGCGAGCUGAUACCCAGCCGUCUCGGCGCGGCAUCCGAUCCUCCAUUCGGCAAGGGUAUCCUAGUAUCAAGAACCGCCGACGGUCAGGCGGUGGUAUCCAGCGUACCGAGUGCUAACGCGAUUUACGGCGACGUAUUCACGUCCGUAUUUAACCGCUCGUACUUUUUACCAUUCACAUUCGUUGUGCACAGCGCGCAGCAAGACGCUUUCUACUUCGUUAAAGAGGAGACUUGGCGGGCUAGUGAGGAUCGAGGACAGUUGAAACGACUGGGCGGUCAAGUAAACACGACUUUUCAUGAGAAUGAGAACGGCAGUGGUAGCAGCUCGCUUAUCGAUGUAAAAAUACAUGGCGCUAGCUACGUAGUGAAUCUUCGUUACGGCACUACGGCGGAGAAAGAAAAACAGAGACUAUUGCAUCACGCGAAGGCAACCGCCAUCAGGAAGGCAUGGCAUCGGGAGCGCGAGGCACUCAAGGCGAACACUCCUACCUCGGUUGAAUGGAUGGUCGCUGAGCAAGAUGAAAUAGUAAAAGUUGGCCUCGCGUCCAAUUAUGAGGGCGAGUACAUACACGACGCGCAGCAAUAUCCCGAGCUCGCAGAGGACCCUUACAACAUCAGAUUCGUGAAGAAGGCCGUCGAUCAGUCGAGUAAGAAACGACGCAGGAGGAGAGGCGCGCCGUCCUGUAAGUUCUGGUGGUUGGACAAGAUGUGCUAGAGCGACACCAUAUUCAAGAAGUCAGUCGUAUCGUCCCCCUCGCGCGGGGACAUUGUCCAGUAAAUCGAAACCGUAGGAACUUUCGUGUGAACGAUAUCACAGAAAAGAAAAAAAAGAGAAAGAAAUGAAACUUGACGAGAGGGUAAAAGAAUCGAGCGAGUCGCUGUAAUGCGCAGCGUCUAUAUAUAUGCACGCGCAUAUAUAAACGUGUACUGAACACUAUCAAAAAGUUUUAUACCAAAGUCUAUUUGUGUAUUUCAAAGAUGCCAAAAACACUAUAAUGUUAUAUUAUAUAUAUUAUAUAUAUUAUAAAUAUAUAUACAUUGCGCGCAAGAUAUAGGCUAUAUAGUGUGUAAGAGCGUUAAACACACGCGGAGGAACGCGAAUUUCACCAAGCAUUCGCUCCACGGACCAGCUGCGCGACCGAUCCGCGAUUGGCAGAUCCGCGAAAGCCUUAUAAGCGACAGCAGGAUAACCGGAAAGAAAGGAUAACCGGGAGAAUGUAUACCGAAAUGCUGAUUGUAUAUGUGUAUGUAACCUGGAAGGGAGUAAAAAAACAGUGCGAGAUUCUUCCGCAGGUUUAGCAUGACGUGGACACAACUGGAGCUCGUUGCUAGUUCGCAGGUCUUAAGUAAGGAUCUGCAAUUUAUUAUGUUCGGAAGGGCCGGCAAGCUCGUCGAGCUUGUGCUCAAGGCCUAAGUAAACGACGACGGACCGUAAUAUUGUGCGUGCAAACUGCAUAUAACGGUACGCCGCAUCGAUACAAGGUAAAUAUAGGUAUAUCGCAAAGCUUGAAGAUAGAAAAAAGAAUCACGAAAAGCAGGCCAUUCGUUGUUGAGAGCGAUUCGAGUGAGAGAAACUAGUCAAUACAUAGCUUUACGUUGACGCAGCAAUCUUUUUUUUGGUGUAGAAUAAAUCGAGGGAAGAAUAUGAAUCAGAAUGGUACUAUAUUAACGUGUGAAUAAGCUACGUGAAUAUUGUCCGACCGGGUCCAUUCAAUCCGCGGUAUUUUAACGUCGGACUUAGAAAGAAAUAUGACGAAUGAUGUGGAAGUAUAGUAACGAUUGCGAUUGCUGGAAAGCGGUAGCGAGUGCGAAAACAAAUGCGGACAUAAUGUGUCUCAACAAUGAAUGGCUCCACGGUGAAGAGUAAAAAAGAACUGAGAAACAGAAACAGAAAGAGACGAUCUCCUCUGUUAAAAAGAGGACGAGGAACGGCGAUCGCGCGGUCUCGAGCUUGAAUUCCGUUCGCGGCUUUAGACAGUUAAGAAUGAGACGAAUUUGUAUUAUAAAGUGGUGCUUUUCUUGUACGGCGAUAGAGAGAAUGAAAGCGAGUGAAAGAGAAAGAGAAAUGUUGAGAGGAUAUCGAAGUAGAGAAUGAUGACAAUGAGCGUGUAUGAGAUCAUCGGAUACCAAUAGCGAAACUAAACGUAUUUUUAACAUGUGGAUGUAUCCUAUCCGUAGCGUAUAAGCGUUCCCGAUUGUUCAACGAUCGAU